UGUCAAAAUGAGCCAAUAGCGAGGCGAUGUGUUAAAAUGGCUAUGCGAAAGUAAUCGCCGGUGUUCACAUCCAAACGGUAUCUUACGUCAGCAAUGAAAAGUCCAUAUGGGAUUUUAUAGAAUGUUAUAGAAUUUCGACCAGUUUCGAGCCGAAACCUUGUAGCGAUGGAAUUGAAAUGCUCGAUUCAAACGUAUGAAUGGGGCAAACUUGGAAUCGACAGUACCGUUGCUACGUUAGCAAAAGCUGCUAAUUCUGACUUCACCUUAGACGAGGAGAAGCGUUAUGCCGAACUUUGGAUGGGCACCCAUCCGAAUGGCCCGUCCUAUUUAAAGCAUAAACCUGAGAAAACUUUGGACGAAUAUAUCAGGGAAAAUACAAACGUUCUUGGACCUUCUGUUGAAAAACAUUUUGGUCCUCGGUUGCCUUUUCUAUUUAAGGUUCUGUCUGUGAAUAAAGCUCUUUCAAUUCAAGCGCAUCCAGAUAAGGCUCAUGCGGAGCUCUUACACAAGUCACAUCCCGACAUUUAUAAGGAUUCAAACCAUAAACCAGAACUUGCUAUAGCCCUUACACCUUUUGAAGCGCUUUGUGGAUUCCGUCCAAUAGCAGAAAUAAAACAAUAUUUAGUGACUAUAUCAGAACUUCGUGUAGUAGUAGGUGAAAAUAAUGCACUUCAGCUUACUACGACAGAUGAGGCAGGUUUACACAUUGCUUUAAAAAACUGUUUCCGAGGCCUCAUGACAUGCAAUCCUGAUACCAUAGCUGCACAGUUAAAGAAUUUAAUUACUAGAGUAUCAAAAUUGGAUGAAUCGACGAGACAACUUUAUAAUGCAAGUCUACUGGAGCGUUUACAUUUACAGUAUCCAAAAGAUGUGGGUUGUUUCGGAAUAUAUUUUUUCAAUUAUAUGAAUUUGCAACCUGGAGAGGCCAUAUACCUUGGAGCAAACGAACCUCAUGCUUAUCUGUCCGGAGAUUGUGUGGAAUGCAUGGCCUGUUCAGAUAAUGUGAUUCGUGCAGGAUUGACACCAAAACUAAAAGAUGUUCCAACAUUGCUACACAUGUUGUCGUACACUUAUGAAUCAGCAUCUAAAAAACGAUUUCAACCAUCCCGUGAAGAUGAGUGCACAGAAAUAUUUCGUCCGCCUAUUCCAGACUUUGCAGUCGCUAAAAUUACCAUCCCGCCUGGACGAGCCUUGUACGAUUUGAUUCCACGAAGUACAGCAAGUAUAUUAAUAAUAAUUAAUGGUAAAGCAGAAAUUGGGCCUUCAAAAAUUUUGAAUCGUGGCUCGGUAUUAUUCAUCCCUGCUUAUGAAAAAGUGAACAUCAAAGUCUUGUGCGGAUGUCAUCCUAUGUUAAUGUUCCAAGCCUUAGCGAAUGUUUGAGAAUGUGUUAAACAUACUCUAUUUAAAAUUUAGAUAUAUUCGAUCCUGAAAUAAUAGUUGAAAUCGUCUAGUAUCAAGUAUCAUCGUAUUUUCAAGAUGGUGCUGUUUACUCAUGCCUUCAAAAAUUUGUUUGUCGAACCUGACACUGACAACAAAAGAAAGAAGUACAGUAUGUACAGAGUUCCUGGUCUGAGUGAAAACAGGUUUAGUCCAAUGCACAAAAAAUAACAUUCACAUAUCUAUAAUAAUAUUAAUCCAUAGACAGUUUCCUUUAAUUAAUGGUAACCUAAAAUGGUAGUUCUAUUCUGAAUUGCAAAUGUUUUCUAGUCUUUACAAGAAUGAGAUAAAUCUUCCAAAAACUAUAACAAGUAUCACGAUCAUGUGUAUAAAAUACUAAGAUAUAUGUACAAACGAGAACGUGUGAUUGAAUUGUUACACAAGGAGCAAAAAUAAUACAUCAUUCAUUUCAAUUUGCUAGGAAUUUUAAAUUCAUCCCACUGUUCAAUAUUUUAAUAUCUAUAUCAGUCAUAAAUAAUAUAUUUGCUUCAUAUACAUUCCACUAUUUCAAUCUGUGCAUUUGCAGGUUGAAAAGUCCACAACCAAGAUCGAUAAUUGUUAUAUGUAUGUAUUGUGAAUAGAGGUAGAAUUAUGUUUAUAUUUAUAAUAAAAUGUCUGUGCAUGUGGUGAAGCACAAACAAAAUAAGUACCUGAUACCAGCAGAUAACAUAUUUCCUAAAAUGUUGAGUGCAUGUAAUGUUAAGAUCUGUAGAAUAAUAAAUUACCUUCAUUAAAA